AUGCAACAAACUUCAACAAGAGGAAUAGUCUAUUCAGCUCAAUGCUUACUGCAAAUAUUAUACUGUGUUGAAAUCAAUAUAACUGCAAAAUAUUCAUCGAUUUGGUUCAAUCAGCACAAAUAUUUAUCGUCAAAUGAAUUCCUUAUUCGACUAUUCAAAGGAUGUUUCAUUUUCGGUUUCAUUGCAAUUCCUUUAGUAAUGGCUCUCUGCAUUUGGCAUACAUAUUUAAUUCGUAAUGGUGAGACAAGUAUUGAACGUCAUAUCAAUGCAAAAUUCACACAAAUAUUAAAACAACGUGGAGUAAUUUAUCGUAAUCCGCAUAAUUUUGGUAUAUUUUUAAAUUGGAUAAAAUUUCUGUGUCUUAUUGAUAAGCAUGAAAUGGUGAAUUACAAUUUCAAGAAGAAAUCAUUCCAUUUAUAUGUUGUACUUUGUAAAAGGUUUUUUAAUCGUAUUCUACUGCCUUCAUAUCAUGCACCUUAUGAUGAUGGUUUCAAUUAUGAAUUGAAUGUUGAUACUGCAGAGUCAGUUCUCGAAUCUUUAUCCGAAUCUGGAAUGUAUUAAUAUAAUCUUUUUCAUUUCAUAA